UUCUUUCUAUUACUAUACAUAAAAAUGCCGGGUGCAGAUCGUCUUUCCAAGUCCUAUGCUAUUGUAAAAUUGCGAGCUAGAGGAAAUGGAAGUGUAAUUACUAAAACAAUCACCAAGUUGAAGAAACCUCUGAACUUGCAAAUUCGUUCGUUAAAAGUGUCUGGAUUGCCACUAACGAGAGAUGGUCCACAUAGCAGUUCCGUUGAUGAAAUAAUUGAACAAUUAGAAAUGGCAAAGCAGUCAAUUGGCAACGAAAUGGAAAAGCAAUUCAAGAUGAAUCCAAUAACAGAGACUGCACUAAAUGAAGAUCAGGAUUUGCCGGAUAAUUUGAAUGUACACAAUACCGAAUUGAAUGAUAGAUUUGAAAAUAUGCUUAGGCGUAUUGAUCAAAUUCAACAACAAAUUGAAGCAGUUCGUAUGGAAUGUAAAGAAGAAAGGGCAAAUAGAUUGAAAUUAUCAGAAGAAAUGGAUCAAAAAUACAAUUAUGUACUCGAACGAAUUGCUUCUUUGGAGGAAAAAUUACAAGAGAGAUUUGGAAAUAACCAGAUAAACAUGGAUAUUACACAAAAUGCUUUGCCUUCCGAACAGACCGAUGAACUGAUCAACCAAAAUGAUGAUAAUAUUCUUUUGGAUAAUUCUGAGGAUAUUUCAAUUGACAACGAUAUUUCUACAAUGCCUCAACUCGAAAAAGCUACAGAUUCUCAAUUAGAUGUUGAAAUAAUUGGCGAAGUCUUACAUGAUUAUAAGAUUGGAUUACCUGCGUUUAAAAAAGAGAGUGCAUCGAAUCAGCUUACUGAAUGGCCUGUUUUAACUUUGGAAAGUGAUUAUUCUGAAAAUAAUGAUAAAAUCAGUUCUCGAAAUACUAUUAUUCCAAUUUGUAUCAAAAAUGAAAACAAUAAUGUUGUUGAUCCUCGGCCGUCAACUAGUAAAUACGGAAAUUGA